UCCGGGGGCGCCGCAAGAGGACACCAUGAAGUGGCUGCGGCGGCGGCGGCCGCCCCUGCCCUGCCUGCUGCUGCUGCUGCUGCUGCGCCUCGGCGAGGUGGCGCCGCAGCCGUGCCCAGCGCCCUGCUCCUGCUCGGGGACCAGCGUGGACUGUCACGGGCUGGCGCUGCGGAGCGUCCCCAGGAACGUGCCCCGCAACACCGAGAGGCUGGAUCUUAAUGGAAAUAAUAUCACAAGGAUCACAAGGACGGAUUUUGCUGGUCUAAGACACCUUCGCGUUCUUCAACUCAUGGAAAACAAGAUUACUACAAUUGAGAGAGGAGCCUUUCAGGAUUUAAAAGAGCUGGAGAGACUGAGGCUAAAUAGAAAUAAUCUUCAACUUCUCUCUGAGUUGCUGUUUCUUGGGACCCCCAAACUCUACAGAUUGGACCUCAGUGAAAACCAGAUACAUGCCAUUCCAAGGAAGGCUUUUCGUGGAGCUGUUGACAUUAAAAAUCUGCAACUGGAUUUCAACCAGAUCAGCUGUAUCGAAGAUGGGGCAUUCAGAGCUCUGCGGGAUCUGGAAGUACUCACUGUCAACAAUAACAACAUCACACGGCUCUCGGUGGCAAGUUUCAACCAUAUGCCUAAACUCAGAACCUUCCGCCUUCACUCCAACAACCUGCAGUGUGACUGCCAUUUGGCUUGGUUAUCUGACUGGCUACGUCAACGACCUCGGGUUGGCCUUUACACGCAGUGCAUGGCCCCGUCACACUUACGGGGUCACAACGUAGCUGAGGUCCAGAAGCGAGAAUUCAUCUGCAGCGGUCACCAGUCUUUUAUGGCUCCCUCCUGUAGUGUCUUGCACUGCCCUGCUGCAUGUACCUGUAGUAACAACAUUGUGGAUUGCCGAGGGAAAGGCCUUACUGAAAUCCCCACCAACCUUCCAGAAACCAUUACCGAAAUACGACUGGAGCAAAAUUCAAUCAAGGCCAUUCCGCCGGGAGCUUUCUCGCCCUAUAAAAAGCUGAGAAGAAUUGAUCUGAGCAAUAAUCAAAUCUCAGAGACGGCACCAGAUGCCUUCCACGGUCUCCGCUCACUUAAUUCCCUUGUUCUCUAUGGAAACAAAAUUACCGAACUUCCCAAGGGCCUGUUUGAAGGACUAUUCGCUCUUCAGUUGCUAUUAUUAAAUGCUAACAAGAUAAAUUGCCUGCGAGUGGAUGCAUUCCAAGACCUACACAACUUGAACCUUCUCUCUUUGUACGAUAACAAGCUCCAGACCAUUGCAAAGGGCACCUUUUCUCCUCUGCGGGCAAUUCAGACCCUGCAUUUGGCUCAGAACCCAUUUAUUUGUGACUGUCAUCUGAAGUGGCUGGCAGAUUAUCUCCAUAUAAACCCCAUUGAGACCAGCGGUGCCCGCUGCACCAGCCCCCGCCGUUUGGCGAACAAAAGGAUUGGGCAGAUCAAAAGCAAGAAAUUUCGUUGUUCAGGCACAGAAGAUUACAGAUCCAAAUUGAGUGGUGACUGCUUUGCGGACUUAGCUUGCCCUGAAAAAUGCCGUUGUGAGGGGACAACCGUUGACUGUUCCAAUCAGAAGCUCAAUAAAAUUCCUGAGCAUAUUCCUCAAUAUACAGCAGAACUGAGACUCAAUAACAAUGAAUUUACAGUUCUGGAAGCUACAGGGAUCUUUAAGAAGCUUCCCCAGCUGCGUAAAAUAAAUCUAAGCAAUAACAAGAUCACUGAUAUUGAAGAAGGUGUAUUUGAAGGAGCUGCUGGUGUAAAUGAGCUUUUGCUAACCAGUAACAGGCUGGAAAACGUACGACACAAAAUGUUGAAAGGGCUGGAAAGCCUCAAGACUUUGAUGCUGAGGAGCAAUCGCAUUAGCUGUGUGAGCAACGACAGCUUCACAGGCCUGAGUUCUGUCCGAUUGCUGUCCUUGUAUGAUAAUCAGAUAACCACCGUAGCUCCUGGUGCCUUUGAUACUCUUCAUUCUCUCUCCACGCUAAACCUCUUAGCCAAUCCCUUCACCUGCAACUGCCACUUAGCGUGGCUGGGGGAGUGGUUACGGAAGAAACGCAUUGUGACGGGCAACCCUCGCUGUCAGAAGCCGUACUUCCUCAAAGAGAUCCCUAUACAGGAUGUUGCCAUUCAGGAUUUCACCUGUGAAGAUGGGAACGAUGACAACAGUUGCUCUCCACUGUCCCGCUGCCCUGCUGAAUGCACGUGUCUAGAUACCGUAGUUCGUUGCAGCAACAAAGGUCUGAAAGCUCUACCUAAGGGCAUUCCAAAAGAUGUAACCGAACUUUAUUUAGAUGGAAACCAGUUUACUCUUGUUCCCAAAGAAUUAUCAAACUACAAGCACUUAACCCUGAUAGAUUUAAGCAACAACAGAAUCAGCACUCUCUCGAACCAGAGUUUCAGCAACAUGACCCAGCUGCUCACCUUAAUUCUCAGUUACAACCGGCUGAGAUGUAUUCCAACACGGACUUUUGAUGGCUUGAAAUCACUUAGACUGCUGUCAUUACAUGGGAAUGACAUCUCUGUUGUUCCUGAAGGUGCUUUUAAUGAUCUUUCAGCAUUAUCCCAUCUAGCCAUUGGAGCUAACCCCCUUCACUGUGACUGUCACAUGCAGUGGCUCUCCGAGUGGGUGAAGUCGGAAUACAAGGAGCCAGGCAUAGCCCGGUGCGCCGGUCCUGGAGAAAUGGCGGACAAACUCCUUCUCACAACUCCAUCCAAAAAAUUCACCUGUCAAGGUCCAGUGGAUGUUGCUAUUCUUGCCAAAUGUAGCCCUUGUUUAUCCAACCCCUGCAAAAAUGAUGGAACUUGUAACAAUGACCCAGUUGAUUUCUACAGAUGUUCCUGCCCUUAUGGUUUCAAGGGUCAAGACUGUGAGGUUCCAAUCCAUGCCUGUAUCAGCAAUCCUUGUAAACAAGGGGGGACUUGUCACUUAAAAGAAGAUGAAAAGGAUGGAUUUUGGUGUGCCUGUGCAGACGGAUUUGAAGGUGAAAACUGUGAAGUGAAUAUUGAUGAUUGUGAAGAUAAUGAUUGUGAAAACAAUUCCACUUGUGUAGAUGGAAUAAACAACUACACUUGCCUUUGUCCACCGGAAUACACAGGGGAACUGUGCGAAGACAAGCUAGAUUUCUGUGCUCAAGACCUGAAUCCUUGUCAGCAUGAGUCAAAAUGCAUUCUGACACCAAAAGGAUAUAAGUGCAGUUGCACACCUGGAUAUGUUGGGGAACACUGUGAUAUUGACUUUGAUGAUUGCCAAGAUAACAAAUGUAGAAACGGAGCUCAGUGCACAGACGCCGUGAAUGGUUAUACAUGUAUAUGCCCUGAAGGGUACAGUGGGCUUUUCUGUGAGUUUUCACCACCAAUGGUCUUACCUCGGACAAGCCCGUGUGAUCACUAUGAGUGUCAGAAUGGAGCCCAAUGUCUUAUCAAAGCCAACGAGCCCAUCUGUCAGUGUCUGUCCGGUUACCAGGGUGAUAAAUGUGAAAAGCUGGUCAGCAUAAACUUCGUAAACAAAGAAACGUACUUGCAAAUUCCUUCAACAAAGAUUCACCCACACACCAAUAUCACCCUCCAGAUUUCCACAGACGAAGACAGUGGAAUUCUGCUCUAUAAAGGAGACCAAGAUCAUAUAGCCAUGGAACUCUACCGGGGGCGUGUAAGAGUCAGUUACGAUGCAGGAUCUUACCCAGUAUCUGCCAUUUACAGUGUUGAGACCAUCAAUGAUGGGAAAUUCCACAUAGUGGAAUUAUUAGUUAUGGACCAGAUUCUGUCAUUGUCUAUUGAUGGAGGAAACCCCAAAAUUAUCACCAACUUAUCUAAACAGUCUACUUUGAAUUUUGACUCCCCACUCUAUGUUGGAGGCAUGCCUGUGAAGAAAAAUGUGGCUGCGUUGCACCAGCCUCCAAGCCAAAAUGGCACCAGUUUCCAUGGCUGCAUCCGAAAUCUCUUCAUUGACAGCGAACUGCAAGAUUUUAGGAACGUCCCACUGCAAGUUGGGAUUCUCCCAGGCUGUGAACCCUGUCUGAAGAAGGUGUGCGUUCACGGAACUUGCCAUGUGACAAGUCAAUCCGGCUUUACCUGCGAGUGUGAUGCGGGAUGGACUGGUUCACUUUGUGAUCAGCAAUCCAGUGACCCUUGCCUAGGGAACAAAUGUGUGCAUGGUACCUGCUUGCCAAUCAAUGCAUUUUCAUACAGUUGUAAAUGCCUGCAGGGAUACGGAGGAGUCCUCUGUGAUGAAGAUGAAGAGGUGUUUAACCCCUGCCAGUCCAUCCGAUGUAAACAUGGUAAAUGCAGGCUUUCAGGCCUUGGAAAACCAUAUUGCGAGUGCCACAGUGGAUAUACCGGGGACGUCUGCAAUAAAGAAAUCUCUUGCCGAGAGGAACGAGUCCGAGAUUAUUUCCAAAAGCAGCAAGGUUAUGCCGCGUGCCAAACGACCGAGAAGGUUUUGAGACUCGAGUGUAAAGGGGGCUGUGCGAACGGGCAGUGUUGCAGGCCACUGAGAAGCAAAAAGAGAAAAUACUCUUUUGAAUGCACCGACGGCUCCUCCUUCAUAGGCGAGGUUGAGAAAGUGGUGCGAUGCGGCUGCACCCAGUGCCCCUCAUAAGCGGCGUCCUUUUCCCCCUCGUCUCUUUCUGGAAAAUCCUGUAUUGGCUGCGUCUCAGACCAUUAAGGCUUCAUAGUGGAAAUAUAUUGUAAAAUACAGAACAGACUUAUUUUUAUUAUGAGAAUAAAGAACUGUUUCUUCAACUGCAAAAAAUAAAUAAAUGAAGUGCUCGGAGAGACUUCUUGUAACCCCAAGGACUUGAAGAAGAAAAUAUAUAUAUGUAAUAAAGACCUGAUGAAAUUUCAGCCGUGAUAGGAAAUGCUCACCACUUUUAACAUCCAACGUUCUUCACCACACGCUGAAGAUAAAGAGGCCCUCUGCUCAAUUAUAUCUCAAUGGGAUCAUUGUAUUGAUGAGAAAUCAAUAUGAAGCUCUUUUUUUUAACUACUUUAACCAUAGUUGGGGCGGGGGACGUGUUGUAUUUUGGUUCGAUCUUAUUUUCUUCACAAGACCAUGUCAAACUCUUCGGGAGAAGAUGGCUCUCAGACAAAAGGGAUCCAUUUGUACAAGUUGGGGAAGAAAAUGUGAUGCAUUUUGUACAGUGUAAAAAAAAAAAACAAGUUGAGAAAAUGAGAGCUUUUGCAGAAGGGAGAAAAUUCACGAUUAUCCUAAGAUCUUCUAAUGCAUUUUUUUUUUAAUGUUAGCAUGUUACAAAGAAAGGAAGCAAGCAAGAAAGCAUUUAUCCACCCUCUUACAGUAUUAAUUUUUUUUGUAAUAUAAGUGAUAAGGGAUUGAUAAAAUAGAUUAUUGUUGAGAAAAUUAGAUAUAAUAUGGAGUUUUGUUUCUAUGAAUUCUGAACAGCUCUAUACAGUAUUCUGUUUAUUGAGAAAUAUUUAUUGUAUCGAAGUACACUGUACUUAACAUCUAGGCCAAUCUUUUUACUUUUUUCCCCCCAAUGCUUUAAUAUAUAUUAAUUUAUAUUUGUCCUGAUAUUUUUGUAUUUCCAGUUGUGUUUUUUUUUUGAGAGAGAGAGAGAAAAAAAAAGACGUAAAAUCAGGAUAUUUGCAAUAGGACUAAUAUAGCAGGUUCUCAUGGGGUAAAUAGAUUUGGUCUGGGUUAAUAUUUUUUACUGUAGCACCUAUCAGCUGGUGUCCCUUGUAGGACCAGAGGCUGCAAGCAAUCACAGAUUGUCAUUUUCAUGAUAGCAAAGAAAGAUGACAUUUCUCCAGUCUUUGUAAUAUAUGAGGAAAAUAUCUUUUCAGUAGGUGGCAAAUGUUAUAGGUGUGAUUCCCCCCCCCCAUAUACAUUACGUUACAAAAAAUGGAAUUAUGUGUUGAAAAUGACCCUAGAAGAUAGAUCUUUUCAAACUAAUGUUCCCUUGGAGUUUCGUUCCUUUAAAAUGAAUAAGAGAGGCUGUAUUACCAUUUUCCCCCAUUACUAAAACUACUUUACAUGUCCAAAUGUUUCCCUUUGUUAACAUGUUGCUGCUAAGUACAAUAUAGAAUUGGUAAUAAUUCUUUAUAGUGGGUUGUGUUUUACUCUUUUUUAGUAAAUCAUGGGGCACCCUGUAAAAAGGGGUUUUUAAUUUCUUUUAUACAAGGAAAAGAUAGUUGUACAUGUGUAAUAUGGUGUUGCUUUGUCUAAUUUGGACUGGUAUCAGUAUCUUUACUGAUGUUUGUAAAUUAAACAGAUCUUUACCUCA